UUUCCGUUGCUCACGCCGACGUUCAACUACCUUUCCCAUGAUUCCUAGCUACAGGAUCCGGAAAUCUUAAACAGGAAGCAUGCGAAGAGUGAGCCGGCCAGCCUGCGAGGAGGGCCCCCUGCUGGAGGAGCAGGAGACGGAGGGCCAGAGGCGGCUGCACAGCCUCCUGCUGCAGCAGCUCCACACCGGCGUCGACAUCGACCGAUGUGUGGCGAAGAGGCAGUGCUUCGCCCCGGCGUCGCUCUACCGGCCGUUCGGCCGGCAGGCGGCGGGAGUGAGGAGCCUCUCCCAGUUUCAGGCUCUGCAGGACGGGGAGCAGGAGCUGGUCAGCCUGCGGGAGCUGGGCCUCACCGACGCCGAGAUCCAGCUGUGGCGGAGCAGGGACGCUGCGGACGCAGGCGAUAAGGGCAGCGGCGUGUGUGCGGCUCCGGAUGCAAAGCAGCAGCGUCUGCAGGUGAUCAGGGACAAGAUCGAAGCCAGAGCGGAGCUGCUGUCCCGACCACAGCGCUUCUCCGCCAGCCGGCCGCUGUCGCGCCGGGAGAUGGAGAUCGAACAGGCGCUGUUCCAGGGCAACGAGCGCCUGGGUUUCCUCACAGCUCUCUACCAUCGAGAUGGUGACGCGGAGGAGAGCCAGCAGGGGGCGUCAUCCUCCGACCCGAUGGACUCACUUUACAGAGAUGUUCUGAGGUGUCAGAAACCUGUUUCACCAGAGAACCCUGAGGGACAACAAGCAGUGGGAUCUUCAUCGACAUCCACCGCUCCAUCUGACCAGUCCCAAAGCCCUCAGAGCAACAGCGACCAAUCAAAAGACUCGUCUCGUUUUGGGUCAGAUCCGCAGAGCCACGAGCCCUCAGACCAGCAGCAGAACCCACAGGACAGAGCAGAGACAGACCCACCAGCUCCUCCUGUACGGCUAGAUCUGAACCAGCCGAUCGGCAGCCUGGCCGGAGCGUCAGGAAAACCGCUGACCGUCAGUGGGGAGAUCAAAACGCUUACAGAUGAAGAAAUCCUGAAAAACCGAGAAUCUGAUGAGGGCAUCCGGAGCAUCGCACGGUUCCAAAGCUACCAGCCAGGAAAACCUUCCAAGGUUCUAUGUGUGAAGAACCUGAGCGCACAGGCGUCCAUCGCGCAGCUGGUGGCGCUGUUCUCCAGAUUUGAGCAGAAGGACGGGCCUCCGGUUGUUUACCGGCUGCUGACGGGAAGGAUGAAGGGUCAGGCCUUCAUCACGCUGUCAGACACUGAAACGGCCCAUAAUGCCCUGCAGUUGGUCCAUGGGUACCGGUUGCUCGGGAAACCUUUGGUGGUUGAGUUUGGCCGAGAGCGCCAGGAAGAGGAGAGACGGAUGCAGCAGGAAGGAGAGAAGGAGGAGAAAUGAAAGCAGAACAACACAACAGAAACCUGUCAGACUUGUAAUUAACAGCCUGUGAAGCUGCACAACAUGAUAUAUUUAUGUCUCCCUGGAGAUGAAAGAGCUACAUGUCAGGAUGCUCUAUUAAUAAAUCUUUUUUUUUUUUUUU